CAGAAAUCGACUUAAAGCCUCCAGAGAAGUGGACUCCGUAGACCUUCCCAACUGCCACCUGAUUAAAGGAAUUGAGGCUGGCGCUGAAGACAUUGACAUACUUCCCAACGGUCUGGCUUUCUUCAGUGUGGGUCUCAAGUUUCCUGGCCUCCACAGUUUCGCCCCCGACAAGCCUGGAGGAAUACUGCUGAUGGACCUGAAGGAGGAGAGGCCGAGGGCACUGGAGCUGAGGGUCAGCCGCGGGUUCGACCUGGCCUCAUUCAAUCCACAUGGCAUCAGCACGUUCGUCGACCGCGAUGACACAGUGUAUCUCUUCGUUGUAAACCACCCAGAAUUCAAAAAUACUGUGGAAAUUUUUAAAUUUGAAGAAGAAGAAAAUUCUUUGUUGCAUUUGAAAACAAUCAGACACGAGCUUCUUCCAAGCGUGAAUGAUGUCACAGCUGUGGGACCCACACAUUUCUAUGCCACCAAUGACCACUACUUCUCCGAUCCUUUCUUGAAGUAUUUGGAAACAUACUUGAACUUACGCUGGGCCAACGUUGUUUACUACAGUCCAAAUGAAGUUAAAGUGGUAGCAGAAGGAUUUGACUCAGCAAAUGGAAUCAAUAUUUCGCCUGAUAAUAAGUUUAUCUAUGUGGCUGACAUAUUGGCUCACGAAAUUCACGUUUUGGAAAAACACCCUAAUAUGAAUUUAACUCAACGGAAGGUCCUCGAGUUGGAUACGCUGGUGGAUAACUUGUCUAUCGACCCUUCCUCAGGGGACAUCUGGGCAGGCUGUCAUCCCAACGGCCAGAAGCUCUUCAUUUAUGACCCCAGCAACCCACCCUCAUCAGAGGUCCUCCGCAUCCAGAACAUUCUAUCUGAGAAGCCUACCGUGACGACAGUUUAUGCCAACAAUGGGUCUGUCCUGCAGGGAAGCUCUGUGGCCUCGGUGUUUGAUGGGAGGCUGCUUGUAGGCACGUUGUACCACAGAGCCUUAUACUGCAAGCUCUGAGGGUGUGCAGUGGGUGUGCGAGUGCCAUACCUUCUCUCCCAGGUCAUUUCCUAGUAAUUGCUAAUCCUGAAGGAAUUUACCCAGCGACACUGACCCAGAGAGGUAUGGUAUAUAUUGUUACUACUGGAAUAACAGUAGGGAAGGACCCCUUCAGUUCUUAUAGCACUGUUAACACAAAAGGAAAGUGAACAGUUGUUUUAAAUGCCAAGCAAAGGAGAGACGAGAAUGCUGCUUUCCAGUAAAGUGGAGACACUUGGUGCCACAUAAGCCAGGCCCUUGCCUUCCGACAGCCAGAACACAGGUGCCGCCAAGACAGGAUGAGCUGUGUCCACUUAAAAUGUGAGUGACCUCGGUUCCAGCACUGUGACCACUAUCACUGUCCAGUACUACUGACAGAUAACACAUUUCUUGAUGUUUUGUACUGACAUCUUUGUUUACUGUUAAAAAAUUGGAACAACAUUAAAGACUAACCAAAAUCCAA